GAUUCUGACCUGGAGGAGAUCACUGAGGAAGUGUGCGUGGAGUCUGAGCUGCAGGAUGGAGAGAUGAUGGAGGUGGAAGUGGGGCAUCACACGGUGCUGCUUGUUCGAAGCGGAGGGGAGUACAGCGCCAUUGGAAACGUGUGCACACAUUAUGGGGCUCCCCUCAGUAAAGGGGCAUUGGCAGGGACACGGGUGCGUUGUCCUUGGCAUGGGGCAUGCUUCAACGUCAAGACCGGAGACCUGGAGGAAUACCCUGGCAUGGACUGCUUACCCUGCCACAAGGUGAAAAUUGAACACAGCAAGGUGCAUGUAUCAAUACACAAAAAGUAUCUGAAGCAGAACAAGCGGCUGAAGGAGAUGGGGAGCAGAGUCCAAGGGGUCGACCACACCGUGCUGCUGAUGGGAGGAGGGUCUGCCUCUCUGGUGUGUGCGGAGACCUUGCGGCAGGAGCAUUACGGUGGCCGGAUCAUCAUGGUGAGCCGGGACGACCUGCUGCCCUACGACAAGACCAAACUCAGCAAGGUCAUGAAUGUAGAGAGUGACAGCAUCCUUCUACGGAGGAUGGAGUUCUUCCACAAGUACGACAUCGAGGUGUGGCUACAAAAGGAGGCUAAGUCUUUGGACACUGAGAAGAAAACAGUGACGUUCACUGAUGGAUCAUUACAGAGCUACGAUCAGCUGCUGAUCUCCACUGGCUGCAGAGCCAAGGAGCUGGACUGCUCAGGUGCAGACCUCGAGAACCUCUGGAUGUUGGAGACGCCACAGGAUGCCAGGAAUAUCCACUACUCCUGCAUUGGCCGCCGGACGGUCAUCGUGGGCACGUCUUUCAUUGGCAUGGAGGUGGCAUCUUACAUGACAGACAAAGCUAAAAGUGUGACCGUGAUAGGCAGCAGCGAGCUGCCAUACCAGAAGACCCUGGGACCUGAAAUAGGCAAAAUCACCAUGCAGAUGCUGGCGGGACGGAAUGUGAAAUUCUACAUGAAUGACAGUGUGUCCGAGGUCAGGGGAGAAAACGGAAAGGUUAAAGAGGUAGUGCUGAGGAGUGGCGCAGUUCUGCCUGCUGAUGUCUUGAUUGUGGGGAUUGGUGUUAUCCCCAACUCAGAAUUUCUGCAGGGAAGCCCAGUGGAGCUGGACCCCAAGAGGUUUGUCACUGUAGACAAGUUCAUGAAGACCAACGUCCCGGAUGUGUUCUGUGCUGGGGAUGUGGCCUGCUUCCCCCUUGCCAUGUCAGAAAACCAGAUGGUUACCAUCGGUCACUGGCAGAUGGCCCAAGCUCAGGGAAGAGUUGCAGCUUUAAACAUGCUGAACAGGAAGGCUGAACUAAACUCUGUCCCAUUCUACUGGACUGUGCUAGUAGGCAACACCAUCCGAUACGCAGGCUAUGGAGAAGGAUACACUGAGCUGGUGCUGAAGGGAAAAGUGGAAGACAUGAAGUUCCUCGCAUUUUAUAUCAAGGAUGACGAGGUGGUGGCAGUAGCCGGCCUAAACUUUGACCCCGCAGUCUCCCAAGUGGCAGAAAAGAUGGUGGCGGGGAAAGUGAUCUCAAAGGCCCAGGCAAAGUCUGAUGACCUGAGCUGGUUGAAGAUGCCUUGA